UGCCUGGCUACGUCCUCACCUAUUUCCCCGUCAGAGGAAGGGCUGAACCUAUCCGGCUGCUGUUGGCAGAUCAGGGCAUUUCCUGGAAAGAGGAUGAAGUGCAGAUUCCAGACUGGUUUUCAGGAAAAGAUGCCAGAAAGAAAGAGGCGGUAUUCGGUCAGCUGCCUCAGUUUCAGGAUGGAGACUAUGUCCUUUAUCAGAGUAACAGUAUUCUAAGGUAUCUGGGUAAUAAACAUGGACUGACUGGAGCCAAUGAUGAGGAACGUGGUCACAUAGACAUGGUGAACGAUGGCGUGGAAGAUCUGAGACAGAAAUAUGGGCGGCUUAUCUUUUUUGAAUAUGAGACAGGUAAAGAUAAAUAUCUCAAGGACCUUCCCAGUCAGUUGGAUUUCUUCGAGAGGAUCCUUUCUAAAAAUGCUAAUGGAUCUAAAUUUGUUGUGGGACAGAAGAUUUCCUUUGCUGAUUAUAACCUCCUGGAUAUCCUUCAGUGUCACCUUGAUUUGUGUUCAAAGUCCCUUUCAGCCUACCCUUUGCUCACUGCCUAUGUUGAAAGACUUGUUGCCCGGCCAAAAAUCAGCGAAUACUUAAAAUCAGAUGCCCGCAAUAAACGGCCUAUCACCCCCAAACACAAAAAGUGA